CUGCCUCUGGUCACUAGUGCAGCCUCUCAAACACCAGUGUUUCCGUAUUCUGUUGAAGCACAGUUACAACCUUUCUCUUUUGAGUUUAGAACCCGCUGAAUAAACACGAUGAGUACUGAAAAGUACCCCAGAUCUUCCAUAGAAGACGACUUUAACUAUGGCACUAAUGUCGCAACUGCCAGUAUACAGAUACGUAUGGACUUCCUCAGGAAGGUGUACACACUCCUGAGCUUACAGAUCAUCCUGACCACAGCCACCUCAGCCCUCUUCAUGUUCUCUCAAACCAUCAAGGAGUUUGUCCACGCCAGUCCUGCUGUGGUGUUGGUUUCGGCUCUGGGCUCUCUGGUUGUUCUGGUGGCCUUGGCUGUGUACAGACACCAGCAUCCAGUCAACCUCUACCUGCUGCUCGUAUUUACUCUGCUGGAAGCAAUUUCUGUGGCCACAGCUUUGACCUUCUAUGAAUACUCCACUGUACUGCAAGCCCUGUUCCUGACCUGUGCUGUGUUUACUGGACUGACGGUCUACACCUUCCAGUCAAAGAGAGACUUCAGCAAAUUGGGAGCGGGAUUGUUUGCCUGCCUGUGGAUCCUCCUCAUUGCAAGCUUCAUGAGGUUCUUCUUCCACAGCGACACCACCGAGCUGGUCAUGUCGGGAGCGGGGGCUCUGAUCUUCUGUGGCUUCAUCAUCUAUGACACCCACCUGCUGAUGAAGCAGCUCUCGCCCGAGGAGCACAUCCUGGCCUCCAUCAACCUCUACCUGGACAUUGUCAACCUCUUCCUGCACAUCCUGCGUCUACUGGACUCUAUGAAGAAACACUGAAAGCCUAUUCACUUAGCUCACUUGAGAGCCCCAAAGAGGGGCCUGUGUUUAAUUACCCAGAGUUCCCUUGGGCUUGGUGUCUGCAUUACAUUCUUCUGUCCAUCUCACCAAAUUACAGUUUCUUUAUAAUUGACCUUUUGUAUUUAGUUGUUCAGCUUUAUAGCAGUGCUGUUUUGUGUGGUGUGAAACCAGAAUGUACUCAUGACUUUGGGAAAUGGCUCAGGGACUUGAAGAUACACCACAGGGUUUGAUAAAAAGCCCAGUAGUGCCCCCAGCUGGCCUAUUUACCACUGCAUCACUUUUAGCUCAUUUUAGGAAGAGUGAGCUAAAGCUAAUGCAGUCUAACACACAACUCCUGCAGUAUAUCUGAAUGCUGUUUUCAAAGUAGGUUUCUCCAACAGUGUAUCUCAUUGGGAUUUCACAUCUAUCUACCAUUCCACUAAUUUAUUCCCUAACUGAAUUAAUUGUUAAAUGUCUUCAAACAUACAACAUCAGAAUCACUGCACCCCUCUUAUGAUGCACAACCGCAAGAAGAUGACACAAGGUACAUGAUGUUUAAUGAAGCGCAUGCCCGGGUUCAUUGAUAUGUGUGAUAGUACAUAAUUUGAUGUUGUAAAUGUAUUGAUGUUGUAAAUGUAUAAGUGUACAGAUUAGUACAGCAAUUAAUUGAGAGGCAUAUGUUCAGAUUAUACUGUGACUCCGAACUAAUCUGAAGCAUUGGGAUAUGGUUGAAUGUUAUUCCUAUUCCCUUUGAAUGAUUCAAUAAAUGGAACAUAUGGAAUGUGUUUCAGCUUCAGACUAGUCAUGCAUGUGUUAAUUUUAGUGUUGGUUUUGUAGUGGAGUAACAGGGGUAUGUAUGUAUGAUCGACCCUUUAAUUGCUUUGAACUUUUUUGUUAAAUAUUCUUUUAUGGAGCUGUCAAUGGGAAAAUAAAUAUUUACCGAAUGAAAAAUUCUACCAAGCA